GCCAACUUUAAAAAGAAAUGUCUGACUGGUCUACUACUAUCACCAAAAACAUCAGCUUUCCCUUAGAAGUUCAGCAAUCUGUCAAAACUCCUCCCUUGACAACUGAUCAAUUCAACUUGGCCAUAGAGAUCAUGGGUUUCAUCAAUUUAUUCCUUAGCCUCUUCGGUCUUUGCACCAACAGUGUGAACCUGAUCGUUUUUAGCACGAUCGGGAUAUCUGACAACGCGACCAGCAUGUCCUUCUUCGCUUUGACCACGACGGACUUCAUUUUUCUACUCCUGUCGAUCUGGCACAAAUUGACAAUUGUUCUCGGUUACCGUUUGGAGAAUUUUGAUUAUUUUGUGGUGACUAAUUUGAGCCUUUCCUACUCAAUGGCUCCCUACACCAUAUCAACACUAAUCACCACGUACCUGGCCAUACAAAAGUGUUGCUGUGUCGCAUUGCCGCUGCAUUUUAAAACCACGUUCACGCCCUUCAGAACGAUGGUAGUUAUCGCCACCAUUGUCAUUGUUACGGUCGCCAGCUACGGGCCCUGGUUUUCUGGCAUGACCGUUAGUCGGGAACAGAACUCUCUAACCAACAGUACCCAUUUACUAGCACACCUUUCUGACGAUUGGGCUGCAUUAAUACAAUACUCGCACGGACUAUUUUUAAUCGCCUUUCCUACCGUGACACAAGCAGUUGUGACACUAUGUGUUAUCGUACUUGUGAUUAAAUUGAAAGAUUAUUCAAAGUUUCGACAGAAAAUCGCAACGAACAAUCAGUCUAAUUCAAACAAAGAUGGCGAGCUAUCAGGAAAAGAUCUUAAAGUAGCCAAAUCUGUCACUCUAGUUGCUGCCAUGUUUAUAAUCUCUAACCUACCGUUCGUCAUGAUGACGUACACUUCGUUGAUAGAUCCAGAGUACUCUGACUAUAAGCAAUUAUCUUAUGUGUAUACAUUACUGGGAAUAAUUCUUAUAGGUCUGCAGAUUAUUUGCACGUCUCUAAAUACCUUCGUCUACAUUGGUUAUAAUACAGCGUUUCGAAUUCAAACUAAAAAAUUGUUUUAUUUGAAAUAGACCAG